AGCGUUUAGCGGGAGAAAGCGGCUCCUGUUGUGUUUACAUCGCUCUUAAUUCGUAGUCUUCGUAAAGUCGUUCCUGGUUUUAAUUCCGCGACUGUAAUUUCAGUGAAAGCACAGAACCAAGUAAUGAAUCCCCCCCCAAAACAACCCUAGCUAUUCACACAUUUUCACAACAUUUCACUGCCACGGAGUGGAACUAAUUCUUUGAUCGAGUAUAGAUACGUGUAUCGAUAUGUGAUUGAAUCAUAACCACAAUCACAGCACAGUGUACUGUUUGUAGUUGAAUUGUGUGUUGGUUCAUCGCAACUGUUCACACUGUGUGUUUACGGGGCUCUGCAUGUCAAUUGUGGAGGGAAACACUGUGGAGAAGUGAUGUGUGAUCCAAGUUACAGUGAGACUACAGUGAUUUAAUCUCACAGCACUCUUGUGUUCAUUAGUUGUUAAAAAUGAUUAAAACACGGCGUUAUUAACGUAAGUGUAGCAUAUAUCUGUGUCUGUGUGUGUGUGUGUGUGGCUAACGGCUGCUCACAGCGACACAUUAGCACGCGAAUUAUAAACCGACGAGUUAAUGUUGUUGAGCUGAAUGAAAACGUGGGAAACAGAGGGACGUUUGCAAAAAAAUCGUUUUCAACGCACCGAGUAACGGUGCUGUGUUUUGGAAAGAGAAUUGUUGUUGUUGUUGUUGUUUGCUAGUUGCUGUUAGCAUGCUGGCUAACAGCGCCAGACUGCAGAGGCUCAUUGUUUGAGGAGGAAGCUACGGCUAACGCUGGCGAGCUAGCAUGCAUUAAGUGUUUCAGUUUGUAAAGCUACGGGAGCUUUCGGGCUACGGUUGUUUUUCUUUAUUAUUAUCAUUAUUAUUAUUAUUAUUAUUGUUGUUGUAACCUAUGGGUUUGAACUGUAUGUAGUGUUUGUCUGCUAUGCUAAUUAAACCACUGUAGUUAGCAUGGAGCAGAAGGAGCUAACCUAACACACACAAGUUGCACCUGUUAUUACAGUAACAGAAGAUAAACGAUUCGUGUGUAGAUGCAAAUGGUACAUCUUUUGAUACUCUUCAGUUGACUGGAACACUUAAAGCACUUUAAGUGAGUGCAGUAUCUCCUGAUUUUAUACGUUUUACAUGUGUAAAAUUAUAUGUUUAUGAAUACCUGGAUUUUCCAAUUAUGUGCAAUAUCUAGCUGUUUUUUUCUUUAAUUCUUUACUGACUGGGGCACUUUUGAGGAUUAUAUAUAGUAUCCAGUACUUUAUUAUAUUUGAAUUGGCCAUAGCAUUUAAGGCAGUGGUUAUCAAACUUUUUAUACCACCUGAAAAUAUUGAGUAACACCAUCAUCGCCGGCGCAUUUAUAUAAAGUUGUGUAAAUAGGCCGAGCAAAAUCAGCUACGGACAAUUUAUUAUUACAUUUUUGUUCUUCAUUUCAUUUUCUACGCACUCGGCUCCACUCCGAUCACACGCUCCGGUAUAUACAGUAGAACAGGAUCCUCCAAGUACCACCAGAGGAAGCUUGCGUACCACCGCCGGCACAUGUACCACAGUUUGAGAACCAUGGCUUUAAGAUACUUUUUGGCGUUAUACCACUUAACUUGAGGUCUAAUUAAACCUAGUAUCUCUCAUGUGGAGGAUAAAGCGGUAGAAGAUGGUUGGGUAUGUAAUCUUGGGGAGCAUCUGUCCCAGCGGUGGCUGUUGGCACAAUGGGGCUGGACUUUGACGUGAAAACAUUCUGUCACAACCUGCGGGCCACCAAACCCCCGUAUGAGUGCCCGGUGGAAACUUGUCGUAAGGUUUACAAGAGCUACAGUGGCAUUGAAUAUCACCUUUAUCACUAUGACCAUGACAACCCAACCCCUGCACAGACUGUACCACAGAAGAAGAGGAAGGGACGGCCUCCCCGUGCAUCUCUGGCAGGGUCAGGAGAUACUGAUGAUGGAGGCAACGGAGGCGGAGGAGGGCUGGGGCAUGGAGGGAACACCCCGGGUAGCCCCAACCAUUCGGAUCGCUCUAACUCCCCGGGCAGAGAGACAAUGACCUAUGCCCAGGCACAGCGCAUGGUCGAACUGGACUUUCAAGGACGUAUUCACCGCAUAAGCAUUUUUGAAAACAUUGACGUGGUAUCAGAGGAGGACAGUGAUGCAGAGAGUGCUCCACCAUCUGGUACAGGUGGAAAUGGUGGAGGAGUUUGUAACGGUAGUGACGGGGGAAACGGAGGUAGCGAGGUAGGAGGGAGUGGCAAGGACCGGUCAGAUAUCCUGUCUUCUAACGGGGGCAAAGCCACCCCAAAGUCCGGGAAACAUAAGAGUAAAGAAAAGAAGAGGGAUGGCUCAUCCCAUCAUCACAGCGCUCAGUCUGGACCUGCAGUCAAGCUGCCCGAAGCAGUGUUCAGAGAGCUGGACCAAGACAGACCUGAUGCCCCUCCCCGGCCGUCAUCUUACUACAGGUAUUGCAUUGAGUACAUUGAUAAGUCUGUGGAGGAGCUGGAUGAGGAGGUGGAGUAUGACAUGGAUGAGGAAGACUGCAUCUGGCUUGAAAUCAUGAACGACAAGCGGCGGUGUGACGGCGUAACACCCAUCCCUCAGGAGGUCUUUGAGUACCUCAUGGAUCGCUUAGAGAAGGAGUCCUACUUUGAGAGCCACAACAAGGCCGACCCUAGCACCUUAAUCGAUGAAGACGCCGUCUGCUGCAUCUGCAAUGACGGGGAGUGUCAGAACAGCAACGUGAUCCUGUUCUGCGACAUGUGUAACCUCGCGGUCCACCAGGAGUGCUAUGGCGUGCCCUACAUCCCGGAGGGCCAGUGGCUGUGUCGCCGCUGCCUGCAGUCUCCGAGUCGAGCUGUGGACUGUGCGCUGUGUCCCAACAAGGGAGGAGCUUUCAAGCAGACGGACGAUGCGCGAUGGGCACAUGUAGUGUGUGCGCUGUGGAUCCCAGAGGUCUGUUUUGCCAACACGGUCUUUCUGGAGCCGAUUGACAGCAUCGAGCACAUCCCGCCUGCACGCUGGAAACUCACCUGCUACAUCUGCAAGCAGCGAGGUUCAGGCGCCUGCAUCCAGUGUCAUAAAGCCAACUGUUACACAGCUUUCCACGUCACCUGUGCCCAGCAGGCGGGGCUCUACAUGAAAAUGGAGCCCGUCAGGGAGACAGGGGCCAAUGGCACCUCUUUCAGUGUCCGCAAGACGGCCUACUGUGACAUCCACACACCACCGGGCUCAGCCCGACCUCUGGCAGGAGUAGGCGGGGCUAGCAUGGGCUCCUCUCACAGUGACGGAGAGCUGGAGGAGGACGACGAGCCCAGCAUCUGUCAUGAUGAAGACUCCAAGGGCUGGAGCUCGGAGCGAGCCAAGAGGGCAAAGGCAAAGUCGAGGCUUAAGAUGAAGAGAGCGAGGAAGAUCUUAGCUGAGAGGAGAGCUGCCGCUCCAGUGGUGUCUGUGCCCUGCAUACCUCCCCACAGACUCAGCAAAAUCACCAGUAACUUAACGGUACCCAGGAAGAGCCAGUUCAUGCAACGACUUCACAGCUAUUGGACCCUGAAGAGGCAAAGUCGCAACGGUGUACCUCUGCUGCGCCGACUCCAAACCCACCUGCAGUCACAACGGCACAUUGAACCCGUCCCACCACAACCUCCAUCGCAGCUUCCCAUAGUGUUGCAGAGAGACAGUGAGGAGAAACAGGCGGCCUUGAAGGAGCAGCUCAAGGCCUGGCAGAGACUGAGGCACGACCUUGAGAGAGCCAGACUACUGGUGGAGCUCAUCCGCAAGAGGGAAAAACUCAAGAGGGAGACGAUUAAAGUGCAGCAGAUGGCUCUGGAGAUGCAGCUCACUCCGCUCCUGGUGCUGUUGAGGAGUACGCUGGAACAGUUACAAGAAAGAGACACUAACAACUUUUUCACUGAGCCUGUACCACUGGCAGAGGUGCCAGACUACCUGGACCACAUUGACACUCCUAUGGACUUCCAGACCAUGUGGAACCUGCUGGAGUCCCAUCGCUACCUCACCUUCGAGGCCUUUGAGGCCGACUUUGGCCUCAUUGUCAACAACUGCCUCAAGUACAACGCCAAGGACACUGUCUUUUAUCGAGCUGCCCUGCGGCUCAGAGAGAUGGGUGGGUCCGUCAUAAGAACAGCCAGGCGGCAAGCUGAACGAAUAGGCUUCGACUACGAGACCGGCAUGCACCUCCACCGAGAGCCGAGUCCAGACACUCAGCGCGACCAAGACAGAGACAGAGACCGAGAACGAGACCGAGAGAGGGAGCGCGAGCGGGAAAGGGAGCGAGAGAGGGAGAGAGAGCAAGAAAGGGAAAGAGACAGGGAACGAGACAGAGAAAGAGAAAGAGAACGACCGUUGUCUUCUAAUGAAGAAGACCUGCUCCUGCCAGAAAACCGCCGACGGCUGCCGGAGGAGCAGCUGCAUUACCUGCAGGUGCGUCUCGACGAGGUCAACUCGGGGAAGCACAGCAUCGGUCAGUCCCGGAGAGCCAAAGCUCUGCGCAAAGAGAUCAGUGUCAUCAAGAGAAAGCUCGCGCACCAACGGGAGGGAGGUUCCGGCAUGGUGGGCCGGGAGUCUGUGGGAGGAGGAGACCGGGGGUCGUCGCUCCCCCAUCACCCCUCGUCUUCGGGACACCAUGACGAGGGGGGAGAAAGCAGCAGCCAGGAGAUUAGUGGAAAAGAUCUGAGCGUCUCCUCGUCUGCCCUGGCUCCAGAGGUGGGCCGUCGCACAUCGGUCCUCUUCUCAAAGAAGAACCAAAAAAUGGCAGGACCCCCCAAAAGACCGGGGCGCCCUCCCAAGAACCGGGAUGCCGGCUACGGUGGGGCAGGCGUGAGCCAAAGCCCCAUUGGCCCCCCACAGCUGCCCCUGCAGUCUCACAGUAGGCAGCGGAAGAGGCCUCGCAGCCCGCGCAGCACCUCCAGCUCCGACAGUGACAGUGACAACGAUGACCUGCUGCCAGGUCUGCCAACAAACGGAUUUGACGGUGGAAACCAGCCGGUGACAGAGAGCUUCCUCGUUUACAGAAACGAGCCUCGUCUUCCUCGUUCCAGCUCAGACUCUGAGUCCACAACCAGCAGCAGCAGCAGCGCGGCAUCCGACAGGACCAGUACAACUCCCUCCAAACAAGGCAGAGGGAAGGCGUCGUUCUCUCGCUCUGCUUUCCAGGAAGACAGCAGCGAAGAAACAUCAGGCACAGAAAAUGAUUCCUACUCCGUCGGAGGAUCGCGAAGCGUUUCACACAUGCGUGGCCGGUCCAGGUCAGGAUGCUGGAUGACCUCUGAUGACUACACCUCUCUGGAGGCUCUGGACCUGGUGUGGGCCAAGUGCAGAGGUUAUCCUUCAUAUCCUGCUCUGAUAAUUGAUCCGAAGAUGCCCAGAGAGGGCGUGUUCCACCGGGGCGUUCCAAUCCCUGUCCCUCCUCUGGACGUGCUGAAGCUUGGGGAGCAAAUGACGCAGGAGGCCCGAGAACACCUCUUCCUGGUUCUCUUCUUUGACAACAAGAGAACAUGGCAGUGGUUGCCGCGCUCUAAGCUGGUGCCGCUCGGAGUGGACCAGGAGCUGGAUAAGGAGAAAAUGCUGGAAGGCAGGAAAUCCAACAUCCGCAAGUCGGUGCAGGUGGCGUAUCACCGCGCCAUGCAGCACCGCAGCAAGGCGCUGUGCGGCGGCGGUGGGUCCAGAAGUCAGACUUUGGGACCCUGCCUGUAAGUUUUCUCUACACAGAGCCCAGUCGUGAACAGUCAACAGUGCCAGCAGCACCGAGUGGAGAAAAGACGUCCACUCCUUCAGCCCCAAGACUCGCACACUCCUCCUGCACACUAAGCCCUAUUUAAUCAGACGUGUAAAAUAUUGUAAGUAAGAGAAUUGAAGAGAGAGAAAAAAAGAAUAAUGAUAUUUGAUUGAUGGAAAAAGUAUGCUAUGUUCAGAAUCAUGAAUCAGAAUAUUCCUUUAUAUGUGGUGAAUAUGUAUGUUUGAUAAGUUUACAGAUCUAAAAAAAGAAAGAAAACACACACAAGAGGACAUAGUAUUACGCUAAGAUGUGCACACAACUCGGCCUCUCACGGAAUUUAUUACCGUAGACUGUAGAUACAGAAAUGGACGUAGUCUUCCAGUCGCAAAACAGAAGUCCCGCUUUGAACCCUCCACAUUCACAACUUGAUCCAUCUUGGAGGAUCGUGGCGGGCGCUGGUGCCAAUCCCAGCCGACGUAGGGUGCGAGGCGUGGGGACACCCUGGACAGGUCGCCAGUCCAUCACAGGGACACACAGAGACAAAGAGCCAUUCACUCUCACACUCACACCUACGGUCAAUUUAGAGUGUCCAAUUUGCCUAAUUCCUCAUAGGAAAUUCAGAGGUCAUCUGCAACCGGGCACAUGUUGGACAAUAUUAGCUGGCAAUCACACUGGUGUCCACUCACAUGUGCCGAACUUUAGCGUCUAGUUUGUCGACAUCAUGUUCUAUUGAAGGAGAGCUGAGACGUAGAAGUUAAUUUCUUUAUAUGCUUGCCUUCAAACGGAGUUCUUGUUUGUGGAUAACUUCCAUCAUAUUCUCUGGGCUUUUCUAAACUGGAAGACUAUGUCCUCGUUUAUGUGCAGUCUGUGUCACAUACACAUAAAGCAUUCCCAUGUGAGAGCAGGGAAAUGCAGAAAAAGUAAACACAACAGGCCUGGUGCUGGUGUCGUUAUUUAGCGGAGCACAAAAAAAAGAGACUAUUGAGGCCCAAACUGAGGGCAAACCAACGUUAAUGUUAUUUAUUCUGCUUCCUCCUCCUUUUUUUAUUUUUAUUUUUUCCUCAAACAAGGUCCACACGUUUGUUUCAACACAGCCGACUUCUAAUCACUCCGACCACACGAGGCGCUGUCACGUGGCUGCCACGUGUCCUCUGUUUUUACAGUUUUCCUAAUAAUGUAGGUCUGUGUCGCACAGGCCUCCGGUCAGAGAAUAAUAAUGAGGACUAAAAAAAAAACAAACAAAAAAAACUGAAACACUUGAUGGCCUCACUGUCUGUCUUAGUCUCAGGCUGGUGGCUGUAGAACUUUUAUAUAAACAGAUUACAUGAAGAUAGAAGUUUAAUAAAAAGAAUUGAGUUUUUUGUAAAAAACAGAACAA